AUGUGGGGUGGGUGGUGGUUUUGCAACGACAAUGUCCAGGACACGAACUAUGGUUCCUCCUUCUUUGCUGUCUCAUCAAAUCCUCGAUUGGCAGCAAUAGCAAGGUUAGGAAAUCCAAAUUCACACUUAGAUCUUUUUUGUGGGUUUAUAAUAUUUUUUUUCUCUUUGUUCCUUCUUCUGAUUUUGUUAUUUUUUCUUUCAUUUUUCUUCGAAAAAGUAUAUUCAUCUCAGUUUUCUUUUUCUAUUUUAUUCCUUAUUUAUUCAUUUACACUUCAUUAUUUUCUCUUUCGUUUUGUUCUUACUUUUUUCUUUCUUUCUAUGUUUCUUUCUUUCUUUCUUUCUUUCUUUCUUUCUUUCUUUCUUUCUUUCUUUCUGUCUAUUUCUUUCCACGCUUCGAUUUCUUCUUUCUUUUUGCUUUCCUUUCUUUCAUUUAUUUUCGUUUCAUUCAAAUCAUCUUUUGUCCUCCUCGUCCUUUUAAUGGAACACUUUCUUUCUUUCUUUCUUUCUUUCUUUCUUUCUUUCUAA